CCCCCUGGCAAGUAUUGCGCUGACUCUCGAGCCAGACGCACGUGUUUCUGUUGGUGCUCUAGCGAAAGUUCCUGGCGAUUGUUUGCCUUCUCGAUCGACCCUCGCGGUAGACUCCUAGCGAUCUUGCAGUGUGACAUAAUUUCAGCCGUUUCGUGUGGUGUUUGUAGAAAAGUUAAGCUUGCUCGGAGCUUCGAAUUGUACGUUUCGCGUGCGUUUUUUGUUGCUGGUUCUGAUCGGUGCUGACCUGCAUGCUGUUCAUUGUAAAAGUGCCUCUGGAUAAUUCAACGAAAGUGCACAUAAACAAGUCGUGAGUCGCGCUGCAUUUGUUUGGCGUCUGCUGCAAAUACAAAAAGCGUGGGCGAAAUCGGCUGAGUGCCAGCCACUGUUCCACAGCAAGAAACAAGAAAGAGAAAUUAGAGCCUCUUGCCGAUCGUUUGUUAUCUCAUCCCGCGAAAAGACAACAACAUCCACAUCAACGCCGCGUAUAGCCGCAGCAUUCAGCGGCAGCAGUGAGAUAGAGGAAAAGCGCAAUUCCAGGGGUUUGCUUUAUGGUUAGGAAGUGUGUGCCGUUGAACUGAUCUGAAACGGGGCGGAAUAGCCAUUCCGAGUGUGUAGUGUGACCAAGUGUCAGUCUGCGAUUUGCCAAACGCCGUAUUCCGACUGUGAAGGGUUGUUGACUAGGCGCGGUGGACAACAGUUUUCUUUUUCGAAUUUGAUAUAACACACAGGCUAACCAGUAACACACACACACACCUCACACCAUGACAGGUCAUCAGCACGCCAAAGGCGGGACAAUAUCCCGAAGCAUACCCGCCAACGACAAAAGGUGCCGGUCGCCUCUGCAAACGCUUUGCAUUUCCCAAACUGUGAUAGUAUCGUUAGUAAUCGCCAUCUUCGUGCUGCCCGCCGAAAUCGCCACCCUCGACAAUGGUCUCGCCCGGACGCCCCCGAUGGGGUGGCUCUCCUGGGAACGGUUCCGCUGCAAUACCGACUGCGAAGGUGAUCCGGAAAAUUGCAUUAGCGAAAACUUAUUCCGCACGAUGACCGAUCUGGUGGUAACCGAAGGUUAUGCCGCCCUCGGCUAUGAGUAUAUCAAUGUGGACGACUGCUGGCUGGAGAAAUCCCGUGGGCCUCGCGGAGAGCUUGUUGCCGAUCGGCGUCGGUUUCCACGAGGAAUGAAAUCGCUGGCCGACUACGUCCACUCGAAGGGGCUGAAGUUCGGAAUCUAUGAGGACUACGGUAACUACACCUGCGCCGGCUAUCCCGGAAUUCUUGGAUUCUCCCAGAACGAUGCCGCCCAGUUUGCUUCGUGGGAUGUGGAUUACGUGAAGCUGGAUGGGUGCUACUCGUUGCCGAUCGAUAUGGAUCACGGCUAUCCGGAGUUUGGACGAAACUUGAACGCCACCGGACGGCCGAUGGUGUAUUCCUGCAGUUGGCCGGUGUAUCAAAUUUACGCUGGCAUGAACCCGAAUUAUUCGUCCAUCAUUCAGCACUGCAAUCUGUGGAGAAACUACGACGACAUCCAGGACUCCUGGGCCUCGCUGGAGAGCAUCAUCGACUACUACGGAAACAAUCAGGAUGCGAUUAUUCCGAACGCUGGCCCGGGUCACUGGAACGAUCCGGAUAUGUUGAUCAUCGGAAACUUCGGUCUGAGUUUUGAGCAGUCCAAAACGCAGAUGGCACUCUGGGCAAUCAUGGCGGCACCUCUGAUGAUGUCCGUGGAUCUGCGUACCAUUCGGCCCGAGUUCAAGGCUAUUCUGCAGAACAAGAAGAUCAUUGCCGUCGAUCAAGAUCCGCUGGGAAUCCAGGGAAGGAGGAUAUACAAGCACAAAGGCAUCGAGAUUUGGUCCCGUCCGAUCACCCCCAUCUUCCAGACAUUCUACUCUUACGCUAUUGCCUUCGUCAACCGGAGAACGGACGGAACACCAUCGGAUGUUGCCGUCACCUUGCGUGAACUGGGCUUGAUUUCACCCACCGGAUACAGAGUCGAGGAUCUCUACGAAGAAGUCGACUACGGAGUACUGAGCCCCCAGACGAAGAUCAAGGUCAAGGUGAACCCAUCGGGAGUGGUGAUUCUGCGUGCCGAUGUCCAGCCGGAACGGUUUUCCAAGAGACCCUACAAUCCGAUCUUCUACCGUUACCCUAACUAAGUCUCGGCUCGAAUACACAUUGUUCAUCUCGUUACAAACGAACACUGCAAACACUAGAAUCUAAGUUUGACGCGUGUCGUGUCAGUGGCGCGGGAAAUGAAACCGGGAAAAAACAACAACAACCCUCACAGACCUUACAAACCCAAUAGAAAUUGUAUCUUGAUUGAGAGGCAAUUGUACAAAUGAAUGCGGCACGUUUAGGGGCCACAGGAAAAUGAGCUUACCAGACAGAUAGUAGGGGGAAAUCAAAAGUGCCAGCUUCGUCUAACUCAAAACAUUCACUCAGCCAAUCAGAACAAACAACUAAUUCACUCCACGAUAAAGUAGGGAAAUUAUUCUCCGAGGAAGAAUGGUGGAGAAAUUGUUUUUUUUUAUGAACGUGAUAUUUAUUAUACAGAGUACACUAUUCCUUAAACUUUUCGUUUUCAUGUAUUGCCACGUGGAAAUAAGUCCCUUUCCACGGCAUAGAACUUGUUUCAAAUAAUUAUUUUGGACGUUCGAAGUAUACCUAUAUAAAUAAAGCUUUUUUCCUAUGAAUAAGCUUCAACGCCAUUCCCAAUAGGUGAGAAACUACAUUUUCAUGAGUCCAUGAAAGCACCUCAAAAUAGCGUGUUUUUAGAAAAAAAUUCAAUCAUAUCGCUGCCGGAGGGAUUUGUGAGUGAUGCUUCGAACCGUCGAAUAGCAGCGUAUGUUUUUCACUCUCGCUAUAACGGCAUAAUCAAAGCGUAGAAUUCCACAGGUAUGCUUGUUUAUGUAAUUUAUUUUUAUCUUAGUAGGUAAAUGUAAUGGAAUAUGACUACAUAGCAAUAAAAAAAACAAACAUUGUGACAA